UAAUCCCAAACGCUCUCCAAAACGCAUGCUUUUUCUCGCACUCGUCCAUUCAGGCAACAAGACGCAAUGAGAACAUGUUGAUCAACAAAAAGUAUUUAUUGUAAUCACUAACUACUUGAUUUCUAAAGGCUUCCUGGUGUCAAAGGAGAAUGAUAAACCUGUUUCUGAGAAGAUUUGAGAAAUGUGAGUCUUGGAACUACAGUACGUAGACGUCGAUGAACCUAACCUGGAAUAUCUGCAUCUGCUGAACCUCUUGAAGAAGAUUUGAACUUUUUAGACCUCUGAAGCUGGGAAAACAACCAGUACGGUAGAGAAUCGAAGAAUAAACCUACUCACUUUAUCUGAUCUCUUGGAUGAAUCAGGCUUCAGAUUAUCAGUUGUUUUGAGAGAACAGCAAAAAGAUGGCUGACAUAUUUGAUGUCCCACGUGUGCGCUCUGACAGUACGUCCACCACGGCAUCUCAGUCUUCAUCAUCGCGGCAGAUUCUUCGCCAGCGGCUCGCUCAGUUGCUCGUCUGCUUGGAGGAUCUCAGCUCUGAUGAUGAGACAAAUGAGGAAGUGUCCCGUACGCUAGACGAAGCCUUUUACCUCUGUGGAAAAUACACCAACAGAGAGUCCUUCAGGCUGCACAUGGUCACAUGGAAUGUUGGCACAGCAGAGCCACCAGCUGAUGUGAGGUCAUUACUGCAACUUGACUCGCAGCCGGCCACUGACCUCUUUGUGAUUGGUCUACAGGAAGUGAAUGCCACUCCAGUGCGGUAUAUCUCUGAUCUCAUUUCUGAAGACUCAUGGAGUCACCUCCUCAUGGAUACUCUGGCACCAAUGGGGUAUAUCAAGGUGACUUCAGUGAGGAUGCAGGGUUUACUGCUGAUACUGUUUGCAAAGCAGGUCCACCUGCCUUUCAUCAGAGACAUCCAAAGUACAUACACCCGCACAGGACUGUUUGGAUACUGGGGAAAUAAAGGAGGUGUGUCCGUGCGUUUCUCAUUCUACGGUCACAUGCUGUGUUUUCUGAACUGUCAUCUGGCCGCUCAUAUGAACUACGCCCUGCAACGCAUGGAUGAGUUUGAAUAUAUACUGGACACACAAGACUUUGAUAUGUACAACACACCACAAGUGCUUGACCACAAGGUAGUCUUCUGGUUUGGUGAUCUGAACUUUCGUAUCGCUGACCAUGGGAUGCACUUUCUCCGCUCCUCGAUCAACAAUGGCCGCUUUAACCUGUUGUGGGACAGAGAUCAGCUGACCAUGAUGAAGAAGAAAGAACCUAUUCUUCAGGAGUUUGAAGAAGGACCAUUGUGCUUUAAACCCACAUAUAAGUUUGACCGUUUCUCUGAGACUUACGAUACAAGAACACAGAGGACAUGGUUUGGCUUUAUUGGUAAAAAGCGGAAACCUGCCUGGACGGAUCGUAUCUUGUGGAGGAUAAAACCCAAAGCUAUAGAGACUGAGGAUGAAAAUAUGUCGACAACAUCAUCCACUGACGACGAUGAGUAUCCUAUUAAGGUGACGCAGGACAUGUACACCUGCGAUGUCUCGUAUGGGGUCAGUGACCACAAACCUGUCAUUGCAACCUUCAAUCUGGAGAUGAGGAAAAAGGUGGAGACGCCUUUGGUCACACUAACCGUGAAGGGACACUGGAGUGCAGAUGAAGAUGCCACUUUCACCUACACCAUUCUGGAAAACUUUGAGUCCUCAACCUGGGACUGGAUUGGAUUGUACAAGAUUGGCUUCAAAAGUGCCUCCGAUUACUCUGCCUUCACUUGGGUCAAAGAUGAUGAAGUGGCUGCCAAUGGCGAAGUCGUGACGGUCCAGAUGAGUAAAAAUGAGCUCCCCCUGCUGGCAGGGGAUUAUGUUCUUGGCUAUUACAGCACCAACAUGCAAACCCUCCUUGCCUUUAGUCCAACUUUCCAGAUUCUAGAAUCCCAACAAGCUGUAAUGGAACGUCUGGUUCCUGAGAACAUCAACGGACAUGAGAAGUAACUGGACAUCUUUUAACCUCUGAGGCAUAUGUUCACAUAUGUAAAAAAUGAAGGAUCUGAUUUGAAAUCAGAUUCACCUGUGUAAACAGAAUUUGCUCUGUUUUUAAAAGAUAAAACUGAUUCUGUGAAACAGUCUGAUGUAAUGAGUGUGAUUUUAAAAUCUAAGGCCUUAAAAUUUCCCAAACACUCAGUUUAGUCUCUAAACAUACUGCAGUACAGUUUUUUCCAUGGUUCUUCUCAUACAGAAUCUCUACCUGUAUCGGCACUAGAGGUCUAUAAAGCAAUCACUAACUGUAUUACAGACACAUCCUAACUUAGAAUCUUAUCCCAUCUGUUUAGUAACCAUGAUAAUUUGACUAAGAACUGAUAAAUAGAUUUUCUUUUUUAAGUUUAAAAUUAAAACAGGAAAUUUCUGUAAUACAGCCCACAGAAUCUGUACCUGCAUAAACCAAGAGCUCUUUUGAUUUAUGUAGAAUCUGACCACGCAAUGAUCUAUACAUUUUUCACACCUUCCAUGUUUUGUUUUAAUAAAAUUUGAUACUAAUAAGAGUGUAGAACUCUUAGAAUUUUAAAAUAGGCCUGUAUUUCAUGCCAAAAAUCAACGCAUAAAUUGUGGAAAAGUACUAUUAUUUUACAUUAAUGAAGUCCUACAAAAUACAAAUAUACAUUUGUAUUAUUAUAUGAAAUAUUAAAUAAAUGUUGCAUUUGUUUUGCCUAUUAUAUUUGAAAGUGAUUACAGUCUCUUACAAUUUUAUUGAACAUUGGUGCUGUGCUUUAUACAGUAUUUCACUGUAUGUUCUAUAUGUCAGUGCCUGUUUCUAUAUGACACUGUGUGGCUUUUUAGUAUCUAUAUCAUCAGUUCGCCAUCUGUUAAAAUGCCAUUUUGUUUAUACACUGCCAUUCUCAUUAGCAGGGUUGGGGGUAAUGCAUUACAAGUACACGAGUUACUUAAUGAGAUUACUUUUUUCAAGUAACUAGUAAAGUAACGCAUUACUUGUACCUCUUUUUUUUUAAAGAUUUAUUUUUGGCAUUUUUGCCUUUUUUAUUCUGACAGGACAGUAUGUUAGAUAGGAAGCAACAUGCGAGAAGGGGUGGGGGAAAGGUCCAUUAGCUGGGACUCGAACUCGGGACGCCCGAAGCGCAACACCGCUAUAUGUUGCACGCUGCAUUACUUUUAAAUUUACAACAAAAUAUCCAAGUUACUUUUUUAGACAUGUAACACUAGAAGUGAGGUGCAAAAGUACUUCAUUCAGCCUUUACAGUUGCCAAAAAUCUGACUUUUUUUUUUUAAUUAAAAACAAAUACCAAACCCACUCUGGGUGACAAAAUGAAUGCAAAAGUAACAACGCAUUACCACUAAAGUAAUACCAAUUUUGUGGAGUAACGCAAUAUUGUAAUGCAUUACUACUUUUAAAAGCAACUUUCCCCAACACUGCUUAUUAGUGCUAAAUUUGCCUUUUAUAUGCGUGAGAGGCAGUUUAACUUCUUUUUCGUUGAAUAUAAUUGAUAAUGUCUUUAUCUGAGUUCAUGUAAAAUUUAUCGUCACUGUAUUCUUGGAAGUGGGAACUAGUUGAUUUGACUGUUCGUGAUUUGUUAAAUGUAAUAAAAUGUUUCUGCAAUCAAGCAGUUGUUGAACACAGCUGUGUUACUGGGAUUGUAAGCAAUUUCAUUAAACUAUUAACAUCUGAA